ACACCACACACCACAUCUGCUCCAGAGUCUAAGGUCACAGCGUUUCACAUUUUUACUCUUACAUUUAUAAACUUUAUAAUUCUACAGGAAGAACAAUUAUCCUUUGGUAUAAAGUUAUUUCUGAAAACUCAUCAGGAUGAACAAGUUACUCCUGACGUGUUUGUUGCUGCUUUUUGUCUCUGAGAUGAUCAAAUGUGACGGAGACGAACAACCGGCGAAAAGCGAACAAUUUAAAAUGGUACCACAAUCGUCAAAAGUAAAAUGUCCUGCUGGUUAUGAACUUUAUAAGGGAGAAGACAAAAUGGAGUCAGUGGAUGUCAGCGACGGUAACUCUGGGGAGUAUGAGUGUAGAAAAGACAACGACAUAAAGACCAUUUUUAUCAAGUUUCGCUCGUGUGAUAACUGUGUGGAGCUGGACGUCCUGUCUGUCACGGGGCUGAUCUUUGGAGAAGUGCUGGCCACACUCGCCAUCGCCAUUUCUGUUCAUCUCCUCGCUAAACACGCCCGGAUCGGCACGAGCUCGAGCAAGAAGAAAGGUUCUGAUAAACAGCAUCUUGUUCCAAAUGAAAUGAGCAACGACGACAAUUAUCAGCGCUUGAGAUUCAAAAAUGGCCGACAGAUUUACGACGAACUGGGAGCAAGUUGAGUUUGUGUUACAGCCGUGCGUCGUUUUUCUUUUGCUUUAUUUCAUGACGAGCUUUAGAUCUUCUGAAAUAUGUUUUUUUAUUCAUUUCUUCCUUUGUUUCUCUGUAAUUUUGCUGCAAAUGACCUGAUAAAAUACAUAUUUCU